AUGAAGGCGGACGACAUUUUUGGCGUGGUAAAGGAUGGGAUUCCGACUCCAUUUCUGGAGGAUUGGGACUUUAUUGGAAAGUUAGGAGAAGGCGCUUUUGGCGAUGUUCGGCUGAUCCUGAAUCGCAAAAGCAAAAUCAAAUGCGCAGUGAAAAUCAUCAAUUGCGACGCAAUGACUGAAUAUCAGAAGAAAAUGCUCACGCGAGAAAAGAACAUUCACAGAGCUGUCAAGGAUCAUGUCAACAUCAUUCGAUACAUCAACAGCCGAUACGAACAUGAGGUGAAAGCAAUGUUCAUCUUCAUGGAAUACGCAGAAGGUGGCGAAUUAUUUGAUAAACUUGUGCCAGAUGUGGGCAUGCCAGAAGCCCAGGCGAAGUUUUACUUCGCCCAGCUCCUUGAAAAAGACGGUCAAUUGAAAAUCAUCGACUUCGGCUCGGCCACAGCCUGCAUAAACAAAGGCAGAUCGGAAAGAUCAUUCUCUGUUAGGGAACAUCGUCAGGGGACGGAGGGUUACAUGGCGCCAGAGCUGUUCGUUCCUGAUGGGCAUUAUUUCCCGCUGAGGGGGGAUAUUUGGUCGAUGGCCGUUUGUUUAGUUGCGAUGCUUUCCGGUAUGCUUCCAUGGACGAUCGCCGAUCAGGAGAUAGACGAAGAUUACCGCGAUUUCCGCCGGCAUAAUUACACCGAAGAUCCGUGUUGGCAAAACAUGUCCAUUUCAGCGAUGAAAAUGAUCGUCAAAAUGCUCACGCAUAAUGAUGCCGAUAGACCCAAGAUUUCCUGGCUCGCUGAUGAAGUCAAUGGACCGAAAUGGCUAACGACAACUCACAAGGAGGACAUUGCGUUCAAGUAUCAGUUCCAAGAGCGCAUUAAAAUGUUCCGUGGAGAAAGAUUUCAGGAGUUUCUGGGGCACAAAUCAAUCAGCCAGCCAGAGAUGCUGAAACAUUUCGGCGACGAAAAGAACAUGACUGAAUUCGACGAAUUCAAGAAAGAAGGAGAAGAGAGCACAUUCAAGUACAUCGUCAAAUUCAACGAUAUACAAAGCUCCACUCAAGACUCCACGCCGAGCGUUAGCCAACCCCUCGAUGAGAUUUCAUCGAAAAUGCUCGCCGGAUCGAGCGAUAAAAAAGAGCUGGAGAGCGACCAGAUUCGUGUUCCUCGAAUCACGCGAGUUUGGUUUGAAAAGGCGAAGAAAAAAGAAAUCAUCGCGAAAAUGCUCAAGCACUUCUCUCAGUACACCGUCCACGAGCAGAUUCCUGAGAAGUACUGGCGCUUCGAAAGCCUCAAAAGCAAGUUCGAAGUGCGCAUCAUGAAGACGGGCGACAUCUACAUGCUCGAUUGCAAGCGAUGCAGAGGCUGUGGCAUCCAGUUCAAGAGGGUCUUCAGAGACUUCAAGGAUGCGCUCGAUGAACUGUUGCUGAAGAAGAAUAUCCUACCCCAUCAGCAGAUUACUUAUCAAGAACCUGGAACAUCUGAGAGCUCUCCCCUAGCCACUCCUCCUACCGAAAAGGAGAACAAGCCAGUUUCUGGAGCAAUUCCAGCUCCAACCAAUCUUCCCGAAAGCGCUGUUGCGAAGCACAAGCUGGAAGGGGAUGAAACGAAAGCUGCUGAAUCCGAUGAGCCACCAGCUAAACGAGCAGCUCUUCAGGAAGCUUAG